CCGGCCGCUGGCGUUGGGCUGGCUGGCUCCACAGCUGGCUGGCUCUUCGUGUGCGUGCGUGCGUGCGUGUGCUAACGGCUAACGGCUAACGGCUAACGAUGCAACACUGCGGCAUCUGCUCGGUGCUCGCCGACCUGUUCCGCAGGAUCAUGUGCAUCGGCGGCAGUCGCAGGGGCAGCUCCGACUCGUACUACCAGGAGCUCGACGAGGAAGACAGGCGGGGAGCCAUAUCUGUCGACAGAACUGACCAGAAUGCUGUGCUUAUCAGGAUGGUGGGCCCGCUGGCGCCGGCGAGCCGCGCGCGGCGGCUGUCUGACGGGGACCGGCUGCUGCUGGAGGCACUGGACACCAGGCGCCAGAGGCCGCUGCACUCGGGCCGCUUCCUCACCAUGCACAAGCGGCGCCGGCGGCGGCUCACCACGCGCUGCCUGCAGCAGGAGCCGGCGCUGCUCGACGACGUGCUGCACGGCCAGGCGCAGUGCGUGCUGGAACGAGUCUCGCAGUGGCCGUUCAACGCCUUCACCCUGGACACGGUGACAGGAGGGAGGUCGCUGCCAGUUCUGUGUGUUCAUUUGUUCCACUGGUACGGGCUCAUAGAGCAUUUUAACCUGGACGUCGUUAGGGUGUGGAAACUAUUCACGCUAAUCGAGGAAGGCUACCAUAGUACAAAUCCUUACCACAACUCGAUCCACGCAACAGACGUAACGCAAGCCAUGCACUGCUUUCUCCAAGAGGACCAGAUCAGGACGCACGUGACGCCGCUGGAGAUAAUGUCGUCGCUGAUAGCGGCGGUGACCCAUGACCUGGACCACCCUGGUGUGAACCAGCCCUUCCUCAUCGCCACGUCGAACCACCUGGCGGCGCUCUACGAGAACACGUCGGUGCUGGAGAACCACCACUGGCGAUCGGCGAUCGGCUGCCUGCUGGAGAGCAGUGUGGCGGAGCAGCUGGGCCCCUGCCGCUCGGAGCUGGAGCGCCAGAUCAGCUCGCUGAUCCUCGCCACGGACAUCACCCGCCAGCAGGAGUUCAUCACGCGGUUCAAACGGUACUUGGACCAGAACCUGCUGGACAUGCGGCAGUUCGAGGACCGCCACUUCAUCCUGCAGAUCGCGCUCAAGUGCGCGGACAUCUCCAACCCCUGCCGGCCGUGGGACAUCAGCCGAAAGUGGAGCCACAAGGUGUGCGAGGAGUUCUUCCGCCAAGGGGACUACGAGCGGCGGCUGAACCUGCCCGUGACGUCGCUGUGCGACCGCCGGUCGACGUCCGUGCCCAAGAUCCAGGCGGGCUUCUUCAGGUUCGUGGUGUCGCCGCUGGCGGAGGAGUGGCACCGCUUCCUCGGCACGGACCUGUCGCGCGCCAUGAUGGGGCACCUGCGGGCCAACCAGGAGCGCUGGGAGGCCAUGGUGCGGCAGGAGGUGGCGGAGGAGACCCGCACGGAGGUGUCCGAGGUGGAGCUGCCCGACGACAGCUCGGAGGGGGAGGAGGAGGAGGAGGAGGAGGGCUCGGCCGGCAGCGUGGAGCUCCUGCUGGGCCCGGCGUCCCGGCGGCCCUCGCUGCCGAGCCGCGACGAGCCGGACUCGUCGCGUCGCGUGGGGCGCCGCCACUCGGUGCCGCUGAGCCUGCCCGCGCCCCGGCCGGUGUCCCGGACCGUCCUGCGCAGGGAGAGCCUGCCCGAGCACCCCCGGGGCCACCGCCGGUUCCCGUCGGGCCCCAUCGAGCAGGUGGACGAGGAGGGGGACCUGCCCCUCGGGGACAGCUCCCUCUCGCUGCUGUCGUCGGGCAGCGGCGGGCCGGGCGACGGCGAGAAGCGGCCGGCCAGCGCCGAGAACCUGCUCCCCGAGCCGAGCAUUGCCUCGAUCACGACCAGCCGGGAGGCGAGCCGCCUGUGCUCGGUGCUGAGGGGCGGGGCGGCAUCGCGCCGGCUGGCCCGCCAGCAGACGUUCCCCCCGCCGCAGCCGCACGCGCGGGCGCGCUGCAUGUCGACCACGGCGGAGAUGGCGCGGUGCGCGCUGCGGGACAGCAACAGGACCGGCGUCGGCGCCGGGGACUGCGGGGGGAAGCGCGAGCAGGGGGACCCGCCCCGGGACAAGGGCGGCAAGGUGGCCAAGCUGGCGGAGGCCGCCGCCGCCCGCUGGGAGAAGGAGAACUUGGACCCGCAGCGGCUGGCUUGGGAGCUGGACUUCGAGGGCGCCGGCGGCAAGACCGGGACGUCUCGCAGGAACAUCAGCCAGGUGCUGGCGAGGCGGAGAGGCUCCGCCCCCGUGGGCCUGCUGAGCCGUGCCGAAGACAACGCCUCGCUCGCGGUCCGGGGCGACGCUGAGCGGUACUCGCGCCGGGGAUCCGUGCCUAUCGACGUCACAAGGCAAAGUGUUCUGAGACCGGUGGGUUUUAAAGGGAACACUGGCGCCGUUGCCCCGCCCCCUCGCUGCAUGCCCCGGAGGUCGUCGCUCCCGUAUGACCUAGUGCAUCACGCCGCCGCCAGCACCGCCAACACCGCCACCUUAACCAGCCUGCUUCACCCCUUCUGCUUCUUAGCCGACCCCGCAGGAGCGAAGGAGGCGGCUCGAACCCGCGGCGGAGGCAAGCAGGCGUCUCGCCGGCGCAGCUCGGGCGGGCCGGAGAUGUGCGAGGGCGCGGCGCGGCAGCCGUGCUGGCGAGAUGCGCACAAGCCGCUCGAGAGGCGGCGCGGCUCUCUGCCCGCGGAGGUGCUGGCAGACCGGUCGUCGCUCGAGGCCCCGGGGACGCAGGCAGGCGAGAACACGGGGGUUGUCUUGUCCCCAGGCCGCAGCUCGCAACGCCAGCCCUAG